GGGAUUUUUUUGAGAGUUAUGACCUUCCGCUCAAUUGACAAACUUCAGUUUGGUUUUGUCAGUCAGAAGUAGGACAGAUUAACCAUUUUAAGUGAAACGUCCUUGACAGUUUCUAUUGUUUUGGCUGUUUGCAAUAUCACGAUUUCAUUCAUGAAUCGAACGACUUUUUCUUUGGCAUCUCUGCAGUUAACAAAUAUCAAUACAAAUCAGAUGCUGUUAAUCUCUCUGUUGUUAGUGAAUUCGCAUUGGUUUGCUUUGUUAUGGUCGCACUUAUGUUUAAUCGCUUCUGUACUCUCUUUAAGAUCAAAAACAUUAUCACGCUUGUUUCAAGUUGUUUUUCUUUCAUUUUUUAUUCUUACAGUUUUUAAGAUAACGAUGACUAUUCAGGUACACAAAGUUACAAAGAUCCGGAUGUACAAAGAAAAAAGGCGCGAAACUGGUUGUAGAUACAAACCUUGUCUGUCAAUUAAAGUCGCCAUUAGUACUUCAAAGUUACUCCAACAUGAAACACCUUUUCUCGGCUUCUUGUUCUUGCCGUAUAGCCAAUCAAGUUGCAUAAAUUACACACACGUACGCACAAACUGCCGACUUUAAAUAUAACGUGAAAGUUUAUUUAUAGUUAUUUUGUAGAAAUAUGUAAAAGGUGUAUGCGAGAUACGAAAAGCCACUGUUUACAAAUAACCUUAAGCCUAUUCUUUCAUAGAACUAUAAUCUUCUUGUUGUAAACAGUAAAUUAUUCACUAAGGAAAAGCGCCGAUCUUUUACGAAGGUGCAUUUACUCUAUCGUUCAUUCUAGUGUUAACAUUUGUCUACCUUAGCAAGUACAACUCUCUAUGUGACAUAGUCAACAAUACCAUAGCAUAUGUUAAAUAAUAGCAAUCGAC